GGCGCCGACGCUAGCGACCGCCGGUGGUCAAAAGAUUGUAUAGACUCACUUGUCCAGUCGUCACUGGCCACACAGCAGAAAUGAGAAGCUGCCUAGCCUUGGCCUCCCUAUCUUUGCUUAAAUGAUGGAGCCUCUCUCGGUCUUGCAAGGAAACGGUUCACCAUGUAGCAACUUCUUAUGACAUUUAUCGAGUAAAUUAAGGCCAGCCGGAAUUGAUGGUAACAACAAGAUGGAGCGAAUGUGCACAAGAAGUCAUGCAAUCCAACGAGCAAUCUUGAGCAGUGUGGACAGGGAGAUCAGGAAAGCAGUUGCAACAGGCAAUAUACACAAGGUGCAGAUGUUAUUGUUAGAGGGCUCUUCUCCUAAUACUGUUGACUCAAAUGGCUGGACGUUACUACACUUAGCGGCAUCAAGGGGAACUGAUCGCGUUCUAAGAAUCUUAUUACAAUAUGGAGGUAAUCCUGAAAUAAAGGACCGUAUUGGAGGAUUUACUUGCUUGCACUAUGCAGCAAUGCAUGGGCGUACACGACUCGCCCGUAUGCUAUUAGAAGUUACCAGAGACAAAUUUCACUUCAUCGAUACCCCAAGUAACGAUGGAUGGACUUCAUUACACGUGGCAGCACAUUACGGACGUGAUUCAUUUGUUAAAACGCUUCUUCAUUUCAGAGCUUCAGUUGACCCUUUGAGUACAAAAAGCACAACUCCGUUACAGUUGGCGGUUAUUAAACAGAAGCUAAAUUGUGUCCGUAUAUUGAUCGGAGCAAAGGCUUGUAUUAACGUUCAGUGCGGUUUCCCUCUGCGGUACGCUAUUAUCAAAGGUUAUCAUAAAACAGUUGAGUUGCUGCUAAAUGAAGGGGCUGACCCUACUAUAGGCCGGGAAGAAGACAACCAAACCCCCUUGCAUCUAGCUGUAAUGCGAGAUGAAGUUGAUCUGUGUCAGAUACUUUAUCGAUUCGGUGCAGUUUGUUAUGUACAGAAUGACCUAGGUCAAACACCGCUAACUAUUGCCAAAACUAAAAUAUGUGUGAAUGGUCAGCUUAUACCCAGGUCAUGUCAACCAGUAAUAGAAGAGUUUGCAGGAAACCCAAGAUCUUUGCAGGACCUAUGUCGGUUUGUUAUCAGAGCAAAUGUGUUCCGCCUGAGUGAACUAUAUCAACUGCCACUUUCAACAUGUAUGAUCAACUAUCUGAAAUACAAAUUUGAUUGGUGAUCACCUUAACUAAUUUGCAUAAUCUGUAGUUUGUGAGGUUUUUUGGGAUGCAGAAAGAUGGUACCAAAGAAGAUCAAUGUAUUUUGAAACUGAAGUCAUUGCCAAGUAUAAAGAUAACAUUGUAUUGCAAGCCCUGUCCAGACUAUCAAA